UUUUACUAUUCUAAAAGGAUUAUUUUGCUGAAACUUCUUGUUAAUUCAUUCUCUAAAUGCCGCCAGUUAAAAAACAACUUCCCAGACAGUCAACUCGUUUGAUUUCUCUACAUCCCCAAACUGGAAUUGAUGAAGCUGCCAGAAGGAGACGGAUACAAAAACACUUAGAAACUUUGGAAAAGGUUUGGGUUUUUGGGAGAUUUUCUUUGGGGAUGGGGGGUGGGGUGUCUAAACUCGAGUUUUUCACCGGCUUCAAAUUCCAAAUUCAAAUUUCUGACAACUUUCAAGACGACCCACACGCAAAUAUUGUUUGGAACAAAUCUGCCCCAAAAUUUGAUGACGAACUAAUUUUCUCUCGUUCUGACGAAACCAAAAAACGGAAGAAGAAAAGUAAUGAUCCUCCAAGUAAAAUAAGUGCUCCAGAACAUGCUACUAAAAAAGGAAAGAAAUUGGUUGCGUCAUUGACGAAGACGAGGUUUAGGAAAACCUUUACUCAAUUGCUUAUCGAAUCUGAGAAAAAAUGGGAAGAGGACAAAGCUUCUACGUCCUUCACAACACCUUCAACUUCUCAACAAAUUCAAGGAUCAAUAUCUCCAUCAAUUCCGCCUUUUUUGACUUAUACACAGAUUACUGCCCCGCCUAGCUUGUUACCUCCACGCAAGUUUUGUGCUGUUUGUGGCCUAAAAUCGUGUUAUACUUGUGUCAAAUGUGGUGCUCAUUUUUGUUCAAUUCCUUGUAGGGAUACACACGUUGAUACGAGGUGUCUCAAAUGGACAGUCUGAAAAGCCUCUUUGUCUUCUCUGGAUGCAGUUGUUUUUGGUCACGUUUGAUUUUUGAUUAUCCAGUUCAACAUAUAUUUAAAAUUUUGUUUUUUAACAAAUUUCCCCUUUUUUUUGAUAUUUUAACAUUCCCCCAGAUGUUUAAAUUAGGGUAGCAACCUGACCCGCAAAGGUCAAGAGAAGGUCAAGUCCGUAUUGUUUAAAUUACCCAGAAGGUCAAAUCCAAAUAUUGGGAGAUAGGAAGUUUUUGUAGAUUAGGACAGACUUGGGGGGUAUUAAGGGGACUUCGGUGAAUUUGGGAGGAUUAAGAUGGUUUGCUGGGAUUAAGGGACAUUGAUUUUCUUGCGCACCUGUCGGAUAAGGCAAAAGGGUAUAGGCUCGGGAGAAGAAAACUCGUAAUUACCUUAUUCCAUUAUAAAAUUGAAUAUUUUAACAAGGGAAGGUUGCGAGGUGUCUUCGACCUCAUCGUGAAAUUCUGCCGAUUCCGAUGCAACCAAAAUAGCUUUGUUGACUUGUUCUGCUUGGUACGAGUAAUCGUUCCAUCUUCCGCACUGGCAUCAGAUACAUGUAAUAAACUUUAUGCCGAUCUUGCUGUAUUCAAUGAGACGUUAGACAUAAUAAC